CGACGGCGUCCACGACCAACGAGGCCGACGGCGACCAUGAAGCACCGACUGGCCGUCGCUUCGUUGCUGCUGCUCUCUGGAGGGACGCUCGGUCAGGUCAUGGAGUCGGGCCACCCCAAGCCGGUGACCAGCAGCUGGAGCGAGGCCUUUGAGCAUUGCGAAGAGUACAACCAGAUACGCUUCGGGAAUUGCGAUCCGUUGACGCAGAUCUGCAUCUUCUUCGAUCGACACGUGGCAGCUAAACCAUCAACGGACGGCACUUGGAAUAUCUACGAGAGUGGGCGCCAGGCGCCAUGUGCACAUCCGGACUGGAAGUGUGAAAGGGGCGCUUGCCUGGCAGGGCCGAGUCCCAAUGACGACCCUUGGUGUUUUUGAGUGGUGGCACUGGUGGGAGGGUUCGCGGCGCCGGUUGCGGAGGAAGAGGGGGAGACGAUUUGC